AUGGGACAUGUAAGAUAGAUAAAAGUGCUGUUUGUCGAUUGCAUAACACCUAUAUACUUGAAAAAGGUGACAUGCCCAAAACCAAAGUCCCUAAGCGUCCUAGAAAUACAUAAAUUAUAAAUUUUGAUCCUUUGUUUCCCAGGUUAUUGGCCAAAGAAACCUUCCACAUCCAAUUCGACCAUCCUAUGCAUCUCCUUCGCGAUUUCAAAGGCAAUUCGCACAUUGCACCUUAUUUAACAACUCUGAACUCAACAAAAUUCUUCCUUUUCAGCUCACACAACGCGCCAUGGAAUAGAGUCUAGGGUCUGUUUUUUGCCGUAAUCAACAAGCUAGACCAGGUGGAUUGCAGCCGGAAGUCGAUAUAAAUAAACAAUUUAUAUAGGGUACAAUGUAAGUCUUUUCGAUUCGAGUCUUAAGGCAUUCCUUUCUUUGUUUAAUUGAGCGGAUUUUAGAAUGCAUAACGAGACGUCCACAUACGAAGUGAUACGGAAGUUUGCACAUGGCGUCAUCGACUUUUGGGACGACCUUUUCGAUGUGAGUUUUGUACAGGACUUGUAAGGUUUGUUUUGCCGGUAACUUGAAAAAUACUGGACUCAAACUUGUAAACAUUUCACUUUUCGGACCUCAAAGGAUCCUAUUUUAAGGUCAUGACGUCAUUUUUACAAAAUUCCCUCAGGGGCUUUUUGAGAUUCAAGGUUUUCUGGACCAAGUUUUUUAUGAAAAUGGGGGGGUACGGAUCCUUAUAAUGCUAUUUUUAUAUUUUUUGGUCCACUAUUUUCCAAGUUAUUGGCAAAACAAUACUUCCAGGUGGCCAGGGGGGCCAUUGUCUACAGUAAAAUACCGUCAAAUUCCCCGAUGAAAAUACAUUUUUUAUAAAAUGGCCUUUUCAGUACAUAAUUUAUCCCUUUCUGCCGCUGAUCAUAGCCUUUGUUUUGCCGGCGGCUAUUUUGUUGUUCAUGUACGGAUGUGUCAUUUUUAUGCAUGCUUAUGGGUUCCGCAAGCAAAUCCGCGAGGCCUAUUCGUCAAGUGUAUGGGAUGGGGUGCGGACGUCGAUCGCCUCGUUUUGGGAUGGCUUCGCCACGAUAUGGCAUGGUAAUUUUCUUUUGAUGGUUUAGUCUUUGACAUUUUUUUAAAAUGGUUUUUGAUCUGCUUGAAUCCACAAACAGAAAAAAAAUUUUAAUUUUCAAUUGAAUUCCGAAAAUUCCAAGCAAAAUUUAUCUCAACUGUCAAUGAAGUACCCCAAGUGCGACGCUCAGGUUUUGUUUAAAUUUUGAACACAUGUCGGUCAUCAACUAAAUAUCAAUUCCUGAAAGUUUUAGCUCGCGCUUUGCAAGCGCCGCCGAGAUAUUGAACGAUAUUUGCCGCCAAGAGAGUACGCUAAACGCGGAGAGUGGUCAGAGAGAAAACUCUUUUUGGCCAUAACUUUGCUAGUUUUGCGAGGGAAAAAUCAUUUUUUUGUCGAAACAUUACCCUCUAUGGCAGUAAUAGUCAUGGAACUUUUCGUGCCAAAAUUCGGCAAAAAAAAUCUCAAAUUUUUUCGAACUUUCGAUCUAAAAAACUCGGUUGUUUCUGCAAAUUGCGAGCCAGGAUUCUCGCCUAUAUUUUAGAAAAAAUUUUUCUAAAUUUGUGCCAAGUUUCUCCAAAAUCUGAGCGUCGUACUUGGGGUACUUCUCCUGUAAACCGAAAUCUAGACUUUGAUCUUUGAUAAGUUGCCUUAUUUGUCAUCCAAAAUAGCCGUAAUGAAUCAACCUGUUUCAGACUACGACGUCAAAGGAAUCGACCACAUUCCCGACCACGGGCCGGCAUUAUUUAUCACAUUUCACGGCACACUGCCAUUAGAUAUCUAUUAUUUGAUUUCCAAAGUCAUUCUCUACAAAAACCGAACAAUUCAUUGCGUGGCGGACAAGUUUGUUUUCAAAGUGCCCGGUAGGUCACAAAAACUGCUUUUCUCUCUAUAACGCCAUCGAAAUUUGAUCCAACGCUUCUUCAGAAUAUGUAGUGAACGGUGUUGGCUGUUUCAGGAUGGGGCGCCAUUGUUAAAUUAUUCUGCGCGACGCCCGGCACCGUCGAGGAUUGCAUAACCAACCUGAAGAGCGGGAAUUUGAUGAUAAUUGCGCCGGGAGGCGUCAGAGAGGCGCUGUAUUGCGAUCCCGCCAAGUAUAAUGUGAUGUGGGGACAGAGGCUGGGAUUUGCUCGAGUUGCCUUGGGCGCGAACGUGGUAAGUCGGCCAGAAAAUGAUGAUUUUAUGUAAUAUUAUACCGAGAAAAUUAACAAUUCAAACAGCUACAAAAAAAGGUCCAAAAUCGAGGUCCCUCUGUUUGAUAUUCAAAAAAAAACAUGUUAAAUAUUCGAUAUGAACAUGAAAGUCAAGGUACUAGGGCAAAAGAACACGGAGAAUUUAAUGGUAAACAAAUCAUUUGGCUACACCUAAAAAUUUUCGCGCCAGGACCCAUGAAAAAACCCGUUUUUUUUCGGACCACCCUGUACUUGAGUUGGAAGGAACAUGGAAGACUUCUCUUAACAAUAACUUGAGAAAUACUCUAUCAAAAUUUAGAAAGUUUGUAGUUUUGUGAUCUACGCAUAAUUUAUUUUUGAUAACUUGUUUUUUGGCCAAAGAAAUUACAUAUUUUCCAUUACAUCCUCAGUAAAUUCCUAUCACUUUUUACAAAAAAAUCUCACCAAAUUUUCAGCCAAUCAUCCCGGUGUUCACGACCAAUUGUCACGAGUACAUCCGCACGCCAGGCUGGGCCCGUUGGCUGACUCGAGGACUCUACGAAAAAACCCGACUGCCCUUGUGCCCAAUCUACGGCGGCUUCCCCGUGAAAAUGGAAUGCCAUCUAGGCGAGCCGAUGUACUUUCCGCCAGACACUCCGCCGGAAGAAGUUCGAGAUACGGUGAAAACGAGGGUAAGAUCCGAAAAUGAAAAAUUUUUUAAAGGGGGUACCUUUUGUCGGAGACAAAUAAAAACAUUUUUUUUUUCUUUUCGAGAUUUUCAAAAUCAAAAUUUGGAAUGCAAAAAAAGAUAUUUUCCCUUUGAGAUUGGCAAAAAAAACAGGCAAAAACUUUUUCUCUGACCGUCUCUCCUCAUCUUGCACACUCUCUCACCGAACGUUGAAUAUAUUGGCUCUCUCUGAAGAGCGAGAGAUAGAAUUUAAGACAAUUUGAACGUUCAAAUUUUCAUCAAAGUCUGAGCAUCGAAUCACAAGAAAAUUCAAAAUUUUUCAAAAAAAAAAUUCAAAUUUUUCAAAAAAAAAAAUCAUCAAUUUUUCCAGAUUGAGGAGAUGAUCCAGCAGCACCAAAAAUUGCCGGGAAACAUCAUUCGAGGGAUCCGCCAACGGUUCUCAAAUUCUUGUGUGUGCUGUUACGGAUGCAAGUCGCGAAAUCGGAAGUCAACAGCAGCGUCGGCGAACGAAAAUGGUCAUGCCGAAAUAAAUAUCCCCCUAACCGAAGAUAUUCGACGAACCGAAGAGCAACCGGCGGUUAUUGCGUCCAUCGAGGAGGUGGAACAACUUGAGCUAGACGAACAAAUUGAGGAAAGUGGACAAAAUAAUGAAAAAGCAACUGAAAAAGACGACAGAAAAGAGGAGAAAUUGGUCAAUAAUGCUGCCCCGACUCCGCGAAAUUCGGAACAAAUCAAAGAAGAUGUUGUGCAGAAACAUGACGUGUAA